AUGAAGGGGUUGGUCUUCUCUAGUCCAAUCUGCACCCCAGGGAGUUUCCAAUGUCAGGUUCUGCUCAGUGAUCUUUUUGACAGAGCAAUCAGACUUUCACAUUAUAUCCAUUCUCUAUCCACAGAGAUGUUUGAGGACAUUGAUCAACAAUACUCUGAGGGGUGGCAGCUUAUAAUUAAAGCAAUGAACAACUGUCAUACCUCAACCCUAAAUACUCCAGAGGACAAGGAGCAGACACUGCAGCUGACACACGAAGACUUGAUGAGCCUUGUAAAUAAAUUACUGCGUUCUUGGUCCCAACCUCUACAAUACCUGUCUAUGAGGGCCCCAAAUAACAUGCUGCAGAAGGUGAAAGAAGCUGAGGAAUACACUAAGAUUCUUCAAGGAGGAGUAGACAGGAUCUCUGGAAGAAUGCUGACUGAUCUAGAAGACUACUACCCUCAGUGGUUUGGCCCUGUCAAUGUUACAGUUCCACAAGGAGAUUCCUACCUGUUCUCCAUGUACCACUUGCUGCACUGUUUCCGCAGGGACUCGCACAAGAUUGACAGUUACUUAAAGAUCCUCCGAUGUCGCAUGCUACAUGCCAAUUGUUAG